UAUUUGGUGCUUUCCAUAUUUUACGUCGUCUGGUUCUCUCGGUCGCGCCUCGCUGCACUGUAGUCCGCCGACGCCAGCGCCCAGCUCUGUUCGCUAGGGACCGAAUUUUAUGCUAUUUUAUCCUACCCAAUCUGCAUGCCAAUUGCCAAUUGUCACUCCCAGCUCCACCGUCGCCUCUGCUGGGCCUUUUCUCCACACCUCGCUCACACCUCGUACCGUCACUCACUCCCCGCCUCUCAACAUCAUACCUACCUCGACCGCUCAGCCUCCCCGACCUGCCCGACCCUCCAACUGGCCUCCCAGCGCGCCUCCGCGGCUGCUCCCCUUGAUGGACCCGCGAGCCCCCAGCUGCUUUAUGAGUGCUAGGCCGAGACGUUGCCGGUGUGAUGGGUAGACUUGCCCGUUGAUAUCCGCUCCUGUCGUGCUCCCAAGCACCCUCUGGGAAUCCCCAUCUCCGACCGCUCCUCUCACCGCAUCCCGUCCAUGGCCGACGGACGAGACGGGCCUGAUGGCUCGUCACUGAAGCCCGUCUCCUCGCUGAGAUCGCACUUCGAGAACAUGGGCAAGGGCCCGGACCAGUCCAGCGGCUCCGGAUCCCCCGUUCCUACGCGCGCUGCCUCUCCCGUGCACAAGCCCGACCGACCACGAGAGCCGCCCGCCCACGUCCACGAGGCGCCGCCACCGCCGAGGGCAAAGCCGCCCGCCCGCAUUCCCAGCGCUCCCAACCCCGAGCCCCAUCUUAACUCCCGUGCCGUGCCGCCUCCGAGGCUAAGCCCGAGCCCUGCCAACGUGGGCGCGCCCUCCCUCCACGUGCAGCCCCCGCGGUCACCGCCUAGAGGGAGGUCGCUCCGUAUAGCCACAGGAGACCUUGCCGGCGGCUUUGCGGGCAGCUUCCUAAAUCCGGAUUCGCUUGUUAAGCCAUCCACGCCCGCCACGCCGUCGCGUCCUUUCAAGAUUCCCAGCAGCACCCCACACACACCCGUCUUUGAGCCCCGGAGGUCGCCUCGGCUAGUCCCGUCACAGCCCCCGUCUCCACCGCCGCCGCGGCGGUCCGCGGAACUCAAGAGAGAGCGUGAGCGCGAUCGAGAUGUCAAGCCAGUGCCUCCGCCAAUAAACCGCGCGGACAAACCCCUGAUCCCGGCGAGAUUGUCCUACCUAGGGUCCGACACAUCCUUGAACUCCCCCGACUUCGCCCGCCGCUUUGUCGAGACCAAAUCGCCCUUUGGCAGCCCCCCUAGCAGUAACGGCAGCGUUGAUGAGGAUCCGCCUCCCACGCUCCCCGCCCGGCCAAAGCCCGCAGGGACGCCCACCGCCGAUGACAUACCUCGGAGAGGGAGCGCGAUACAGGUUGAAUUCGAUCCCCCGCCCCUGCACCCGUCUAUCGCGAGUAGGCGGAAAGAGAGGGAACAUGAUAUGGCAAACGGCGCGGCGCUGAGGGUGGUGGGGGGAGCUGGUGCAUCAAGAGGACCUCUUACGCCACAGGGCACCGGUGACCAGGGGCCGCCACUCCCGACCCGACCCGGUGCGCCUCCACAGGAGCAGAAGCAGCCGGCCCCAACGCACAAUGGCUAUUCGGUCAUGAGGCCACCGCCCAGGCCGCCGAAGUCGGGCGCCAACGACAGCCAGAUUCCCGCCGCUCAGAAAAGGGCCGUGUCCACACCUACGUCACAGCAGCACCCGCCGCCUCCGCAAAGAGCACAUGGCAGGACUACGACACUCGAUAGGUCAACGAGCCUCCGCGCGCCGCCGCCGCCGCCGCCGCCGCCCGGGCCGCCCGCCAUGCCCGCAGUGUCGGAAAACAGGGUGCCUGAGAGCCCGGCUGGCUCCGGGGCCAGGACCGAGAUCAACCUAGCUUACCCCGACUCUUCCAAUACCAACCGACGGCCGCCCUUCAUCAAGCAGGGCGUCCACGAGAUCCACACCAAAUACGACAGCCGCAUAUUCGACGUCUGCGGCGAGCUAGUGUGUACUAGCGGCCACCUGACACGGGUCUGGAGCGUCCUAGACGGCGAGCUCUUGAUGAGUCUAUCGCACGGCGAAAACGUCAAGGCCACCGCCGUCGCCUUUAGGCCGGGAGCCAACGUCGACGAGGAAGGCGCGAGGGUCUGGAUUGGGAACAAUGUGGGCGAGCUUAUGGAGGCUGACAUUGCCACUCAGAGCAUCGUGGCCAGCAAGCCAGCGGCACAUGGGCGUCACGAGAUCAUCAAGAUCUACCGGCACUUCAACGAGCUCUGGACGCUGGACGAAGCAGGCACUCUCAACGUCUGGGGGCCUGACGAGGAGACCGGAGUGCCCAACAUGGCAGGGCCCCCGCACCAGGCAUUCAGGUGCCCCAAGGGGCACACCUUCUCCAUUGUCGUCGGGGACGAGCUGUGGCACGCGACCGGAAAGGAGGUGCGCAUAUUCUUGCCCACCAUGGACGGCAGGAACCAGUUCCAGGUGCUCAUACGCGCCCUCUACCAAGAGCAGGCAGGGGAUGUGGUGUCGGGAACCCUGAUGCCCUCCGACCCGGACAAGGUCUUCCUUGGCCAUGGGGACGGCAAGGUCAGCAUCUACUCUAGAGCAGACUACUCUUGCGUAGGCCUCUUCAACAUUAGCUCCUUCAAGGUCAACACGCUGGCAGGCGUGGGCGACCACAUCUGGGCCGGCUUCAACUCGGGUCGUCUCUGCGUCUACGACAUCACGCAGUCUCCGUGGGUGGUCAAGAAGGACUGGCAGGCGCACGACAACCCCGUAGUCAAACUAAUACCAGACCGGUCGAGUUUCUGGAAGACGGAGCGGAGUCAGGUCAUCUCUCUUGGCGCCGACAGCAUGAUCCGAGCUUGGGACGGCUUGCUGCAGGAGGACUGGCUUGAGGACAAGAUGCAGUCCAAGGACGGCGAGUACUGUCAAAUGGAGCAGCUCAAGGCCAUGAUCAUGACAUGGAAUGCCGGCGCAUCGACGCCCAACAGCCUGCGCUACUCGGACAGUGACGCCACCUUCAUACAGCAACUCCUGCAGAGCAGUGACUCGCCCGACAUCCUGGUAUUCGGCUUCCAAGAGCUCGUUGACCUAGAAGACAAGACGGCAACGGCCAAGCGGUUCCUCAAGACCAAGAAGAAGAAGGAGGGGUCGGAUCAGGAGCGCAUGAGCCACCAGUACCGCGACUGGCGCGACUUCCUGGUGCGCAGCCUCGACGACUACAUGCCGGGCGAACUGUACCACCUCCUACAGACGGCGCACAUGGUCGGUCUUUUCACGUGCAUCUUCGUCAAGGCCGACAUCCGCGACCGCAUCCGCAAUCUGAGCGCGGCCGAGGUCAAGCGCGGCAUGGGCGGCCUGCACGGCAACAAGGGCGCCAUCGUGGUGCGCUUCACGCUCGACGACACGUCGCUUUGCUUCGUCAACUGUCAUCUAGCGGCCGGACAGACGCAGGCGCAGAGCCGGCACAACGACAUACAUGCCAUCCUCGAGGCUGCCAUCCUGCCCGUCGAGCGCGACCCCAACACGCGCAUUGACAACUUCAUCGGCGGCGGCGACGGCACCAUGAUCCUGGACCACGAGCUCUGCCUCAUCAACGGCGACCUCAACUACCGCAUCGACACGAUGUCGCGCGACACUGUCGUCAUGGCCGUCAAGGCCGGCAACCUCGCCAAGCUUCUGGAGCGCGACCAGCUCCUGGUGGCGCGGCGGCGCAACCCGGCCUUCCGCCUGCGCGCCUUUGAGGAGGCCGCCAUCUCGUUCGCGCCGACGUACAAGUACGACGUCGGGACCGACAACUAUGACUCGUCCGAGAAGAAACGCUCGCCCGCCUGGUGCGACCGCCUGCUGCACCGCGGCGCCCGCGGCCGCAUCACGCAGCUCGACUACCGCCGCCACGAGGUGCGUGUGUCGGACCACAGGCCCGUCAGCGGCCGCUUCCGCUUCUCGGUCAAGCACAUCGAGCCCCGCGCCCGCGCCGUCGCCUGGAUGGAGUGCCAGCAGCGCUUUGAGGACACCAAAGCCCAGGUUGCCAUGGAAGAAAAGCUCUACUACCUCAUGCAGAUCAUCGGAUACGAUGAAGUCACCAGCCACCAGCUCAUAACAGAAAGAUCGUCUCGCAGGGUCCACAGGAGCCCUAGUAGGAACAGGGGCUAGCGAGCAUCAGAUUUUACCCAAUAUCGGUUUCCCAGCGAGGCAUGUUUGAAGUAAAAGGAGAAGGAGCAUCGAAAGACCAUGACACAGCGUUCCCAUAGCAAAACACGCAUUAACGAAGCGCGCCAGGGGUGUAAAAUCGGAUGAAU